UGGUUUCAAGUGUUAACACGGCAAAGAUGGGGACGUGCGGUGUCCAAGUUAUAUGUAGGCUGUUCCUUGAACGAUGCAUUCUAACUCCUGCGUAACUCCUUGGCGCAGACACAUCGUUGCAUGUGGAGCGAACGUUGCAUUUUGGUCUUUCUUCCAAGCGUCAACUUUGGUCAGUGCCGUGCGGGUCACAUGGACUGUGUUUGUUUAUAUUUGUGUUAGUUUGAAAUGAAUAGCGUUUGAAAACUUUGAACUAUACCUAGUAUCAGUUUUUUGAUUACUUGUUUCUGAGUUCAGUAAUUUACGCAGGCGGUCACGUCCGAGAGGGUAAUAAUGCGUUACUCUCAUUCUGUAGAUAAUGAGCUGCGGACUGGGAAAAGUGUGUUAGUAGCACGGAAAAGAAAACCACCUUUCACCAAGUUUUUAUACUUCUUUCAAGAGAAGUCAUUGCUGUGUUGCUACCCGUUGUGAAAUCUAGUGUUUACAAUGCUUGAUCUAAAUUUGCUAAAAAUUGGAUUUGCCUUAUUAACUUUGGUGAUGAUAGUUUUGGGAAGCCUUAUGAAUACAGUUGAGAAACGUUUGCCUAGUUUUGUGAAACAGACUUUUAGAUACGGUAGAUUUGCUUAUCAGGGUAAUGAUACGUUUCUGAAACCCAUCGAAGUUCCUAAAAGGUGGUUUCGCCAUUUUUAUGUUUUUGGAGCUUUUUUCACAUCAUUAAUAUUUGUGGUUGUACUGGGAGUAUAUGUUUUUCACGGCAAGCCACAUCCAUUGUUGCUUGCUUUGCUGGAUUUGCUUGGGUCAACUAGCCGCAGAGCAAAUGUUUCACCUACGUCAGUACUGCUUGCUUUGUUCCUGUUAACUCUGCAGUCUUGGCACCGCUUUUAUGAGACAUGGUUCAUUAGCAUAUAUUCAAACUCAUACAUAAAUAUAUAUCAUUACAUCAUUGGUUAUGGACAUUACUUCGGAUCAGUUAUGGCUGUCCUGUGUGAGUCUCCUGGUUUUAUAAAUAACCAAGAACAAAGAGUGCAGUUACAUUUUGGGGACAUCUCAUUCCUUGAAGUCAUUGGAGUGACUAUGUUUCUUUGGGCAUGCUACAAUCAGUACAGGUCUGCGAUAAUUCUUGCCAACUUGAGAAAAAACAAAAAUGGCCAGGUUGUAACAACAAAACAUAGUAUACCUUACGGAGGAUGGUUUGAACUUGUGUCAUCUCCACAUUUUCUCGCUGAAAUAUUAAUGUAUAUGGCAAUAUCAAUAAUUUUAAGAGCAGCAAACACGUGGCAUGUAGUCUUUCUUUGGGUUCUGAGCAAUCAGGUUGAAAGUGGACUCCUGUCACAUUGGUGGUAUAAGGCAACAUUUCCCAACUACCCCAAGGAAAGGAAAGCUGUAAUACCAUACGUUUUAUGAAAGUUAUGAUUCUGAUAGACUGAUUACAAUAUUUUUUUUUUGAGUAAUGUUGGCAAUACUGUACUGUGAUGAAGUUAUAAGGAAGCGCCAAGCACUGUUGAAUUACAUCAUCUGUCUAUAUAUCAUUAUCAUAUCAUUUUUCUGAUUGUUCAUAUCUAUUAUUAUGUGAUUAUCUUCUAUUCAUGUCAUAAUGAGGGAUAUUUUUGUUAAAACAUAAUAUUAAAAACAACAGCUCUAAUUAAUAAUGUAGUGGUUAUUGGCCUACAUUUAAAGGGAAGCGACAUCUUCACUUUUAACUAUUUAUUUACAUAUGUUUGGAGUUUGCAUUAGUACUUUUCUUGGCAGAUUGACAAUAUUAUUGCUUUAAAAUCCCAAUGUGGAAAUUACACACAACAUUUAUAAUGAUAACAGUUGUAUACUAGUACCUCUCUUACAAUUGAGACACUGUUGAAGUGUCAAAAAAUUCUUGAGCAGUUGUAACUUAGGUAUAAAUGACAUUACUGUAGUGUGUAGAUAAAAAACCAAAUUGUCAAAAAAUUGUUGAGCAGUUGUAACUUACACGUAAAUGACAUUCCUGUUGUGUGUAGACAAAAAACCAAAUUUGUUACCUCAGUAUAAAAUCUUAAUUGAGAAUUAUUAUUAAUCUUUCGUUGAGGUGAUAACAGAUUAUUGAGUGAGUUUAGCAGUACAGUUUGGUACUACACCUGGAACUAAGAGUUGCAUAUAUUUCCAAUGCUGUUGUGAAAUGAUAACUACACAAGCAACAGUAAAGACGCUUUCCCCUAACUGUAGCUCAUCUUGGGUGUGUCAAAAGUUUGCCAUUAAGCACAUGCUGAGGUGGAGGGCCAUCAGAGAACAGUAUCGAUCAAGCAGUGACGAACAGAGGAUGUGAGCCACCAUACUCGGAUAAACUAGGGUGUAACUUCCCUAGUAGGUUAAUUCUUGAGUCCCUCACAACCUAUCAGAUUAUGAACAUGAUAUCUUUUUAUUUUUGUUCUAUCGACUCCACCUAGUUCAAAAUGGAUGCUUUGACCUUACUAUCAUACAUCCACAUUUUCAAAACUCCAGUAAUUUAAAAGACUGCACAUAGAUUGCCUUUUUUUUAAAAAAAAAAAGUCUGUAAUAUCUUACUACCCUGGAAAGUAUUGGGGGAGCUAAUAUAACAGUUACUUACCUGAGGUAAAAUAAGAGUUCAUAAUUAAUAUUUUUAGAUUUGUCUUGUACUUGGUUUUUAAAAUAAAGUUGAUCAUAAGAGCGUG